CUUCUGAACCAGCUGUAGGACUAAUAGAGUGCCGAAGUUAUGGCGUGUUUUUGUAGGAAGUCAUGCCAUAAUUUCAGAGCUCCCCCACUCCGUCUGGGAGUGCCCGCCCCUAAAUGAAGAUCUCCGGUCUGCAGAUACCCUUCUCACUCGCUUCGCUUGAUGCUUCAGUGUGAGUUCUGCAGUGGCAGGAGCAGCACGUCAGUGACAGCGAUGCUUCCGGGAGCACGUUUCACGUCAAUACUGUUAGCAUGCAUUUUUACUCUUGGGAGGUGUUCGUCUGCGACAUGUAAAGGAUGCCCUAAAAAUCAGGAAAUACAGUGUGAGAGCCUGCGCUCGUCCCAUGGAUACACAUACACGGUGCCACAGGGAAUCCUAUAUGAAAACUGCGAACAAGGAUGGUACUAUCAGAAUGGGACGUUUAUUGUCGACUCCGCUCCGAAUGGCGAUGGAAACAGGUUACCGGUUGUAGUGGGUGUUACGCCUCACAAUCUGACAGUCCGUGUCUGCGAGAACCUCCGGUGGGAACUUGACUGUGGCGAGUGUCGCUGUUGUAUCAAUUAUACAAAUUUGAAACAUUCAGCAGCAAUUGACCCCCUGCCAAGAAAUAAUACAACCGGGGAUGAAAAAGAUGGCAACGAUUUACCUGGCUGGGGGAUAGGUUUAAUCAUAAUCCUGGGUACUGUAGCUGUUUCUGCAUUUAUUUUUUUCAUUGGAAAAAGGGCAAAAUGCUUCUAUAAACCAAACACUGCACUUUAGUGGCAAUGAUUUGUGCCUUCAAGCAAAUCACCUCAGGUUGCAACAGAGGGACUGUGCUUGGAAUACAGUACAGGUUAUAUAAGCCACUUUGGUAAAAAAAAAAAAUGUAUUACCAAAAUAAUCACUAUCAUACUUUCUUUCUUUUUUUUAUUUCUUUUUCUUUAUUUUCACAAACAUUGCAGUUUUAUAAGUUUUUAGCGUCUAUAUAACUUUUAUGGAUUGUAGAGCUUUGUGUGUGCUUUUUAAUUCAGUGUAAACUUAAAUUUGUCUGGUGCUUACAUGACAUAUAGGACUAUAGAGGACACGGACCAUGAAAUUAAGAAAAAUUGCAUAAUCUAAAAUAAAUAUUAAUAAUAACGAUGAAUUAGAUUUUUAUAUAUCUUUGUAUUAUAUAUAUAUAUAUAUAUAUAUAUAUAUA